UUGACUUCGGUUUGACUUCGGUUUGAAGUUCUAAUUUUUUAAUAAUUUAAUGCGGCACGUUAAUUUAUAGGAUCAUAAGUUGACUCACUUCAUCGGGAUGGCGGAAAGCGAGGAAGUCGGAGCAGAGAAAGUACGAGGCAGAAAAGACAGCAUGGAGAUUCCUCCAACAAUUUCUGACUUAAGGCUGGUGCUUGUUGGGAAGACUGGUGUAGGAAAGAGUUCCAGUGGAAACACCAUAUUAGGAAGAGAAGCUUUCAGAGCAGCAACCAAACACUCCUCAGAGACCGCUGAAUGCUCCAAACAACGAGAAGAAGUGUUCAACUGGAUGGUUUCUGUUGUCGACACUCCCGGCCUCUUUGACACCUCUCAGUCUGAUAAAAAAGUGAAGAGAGAAAUCUCAAAAUGCAUCAACAUGUCGGCUCCUGGUCCCCACGCCUUUCUGCUGGUGAUCAGAAUCGGACCAUUCUCUAAAGAGGAGAGAGAUGCUGUGAUGAAGGUGAAGGAAAUUUUUGGAGAGGAAGCCUGGAAAUACUCCAUGAUCCUCUUCACACAUGGUGAUAAGGUGGAGUCGAGCUUUGACGAGAUGUUAAAGGAGGCUGGACCCGAAUUGAAGGAGAUCUUAGAGAAGGCUGGAAAUAGAUACCAUGUCUUCAAUAACCUCAGAGCUAACGAUCGUCGACAAGUUCUUGGUCUGCUAGAGAAGGUUGAGGACAUGGUGCAGAAGACAGGAGGAAAGUUUUACUCUAAUGACACAUAUGAAAAGACAGUAGAUAUGCUGGAUCAGAAAGAGCGUGAACUCAAACGGUUCUAUGAGAAAAGACUGAAGGAGGAAGUGAAAGCCGUGAGGGCAGAGUACAAGCAGCUGCUAAGAGAAGCUCAACAGGAUAAAGAGAAGCUGGAGAAAAGGAUGGAAGCUGAGCUGAAGGAGUUGAAGCGUUACUACUCUGCCUUGGAGAACGGAGUGCGUCACGUUGUAGAGCAGCUGGCCAAAGAUGAUGAUGAUCAACUUCUGAAGAAGUUUCAUGAAGUCUUGAAACUGAACUGAAAAACAUAUGAAUGACUGGUUUGUUGGACACCUUUUAAUACUGAAUUAUUGGUGAUCCAGCUUUGUAAGUCAGAAUAAUCUUUGCAUGUAGAUAUUGGUGUAAUGUGUAUUAUGUACAUUCAAAUGUCACAAAAUACUAUUUAGAUGUUAUAUAACUUGUUUUCACAGAAAGGAAAAAUCUCGGUCCUGUAGGCCGGCAUCCAGCACGUUUUAGUUCUCUCCCUGGUGGCACCAACAACCUUUUCAGCAUGUCAAUGUUCUUCUUAGGCCUUCUAACGAGCCAUCAUCUGAUUCAGGUGCAAUAAACCAAGGAGAGAAUUAAAACAUGCAGGGGGCCGGCACUCUAGGACCGAGUUUGGGGACCCCUGGUGUAAUGUGUAUUAUGUACAUUCAAAUGUCACAAAAUACUAUUUAGAUGUUAUAUAACUUGUUUUGACGGGACAAUAUACUGUAAUGCCCAAUUGUAUGUAUCAAGUAUGGUGAACUUGACACUUUACAUCACUUGAUCAUAAUUCCAUGAACCUAAAGUGAUUUUUUUUAAAUAUUUACUCAUCAUUUUAUGAGUAAGAGUACACUUUGCUCUAAAAAGUUCUUGUUGUUAACUUUGUAUUAUUAAGAAGAAUUUUCUACAUUUCCAAGUACUUAAGUUCAGGCUUCCUUCACUUAUCAGUGGCUUACAGGUUUGUUGGAAGUAUCAUAGUGACUCGCUCCAACAACACAUUGUAUGCAUAAAAUACAGCUGCUCCUCCUCCUGUACAACAGAACUAGUUUUUGUGUCAAACUGCAUAUUUUGUGGAGAAGCAGUAAUAGCCCCAGUACAGAACUAAAAGAUUUUAUUAAGUUGUUUGAUUUCUUAUUACAAGAGUUGACAGCAAAAACAUUUACAAUAAAUAUUAAUUCAUAUUAAUUUAUAAAAGCAAAAAUAACAAUGUACAUAGAGUUAGAAUAUUGUUGAAAGUUUAUUUUUCAAGCAUCAAUGUUUCUGUCCUCUUAUUUAAGUAACUAGUCCUCCAUCAGCAAUCAGCUAGUAAGCCUAUUCUGGGAUUGAUUGGUAGAGGCUCCAUCCUUUAAUGCACCAUUGUCACUGCAUUAAACUGCAGCAUGAGAGAAGUACUCUGAUUAUUCUGUCUCUCACAUUUUCGUGGGUUUAAGAACAGGUCUUUGUCACCAGCACAGAUUGAACAAUGGAUACCUAAGCACAUACUCACA